AUGUCUACGGAGCACUGUUUCUGGGACCACAGCGAAAAUUUUACUUUUACAGUGCAUGUAUGUGAAAUGUACCUGUAUAUGCAGACGUUCAUUUCAUGGAUCCAGCAUCAUCAUACCAUACCGUACCAUACCAUACCAUGGGUUCCGGUCCCAUUCGGCAUCUGUCCACUCAUUGUCUUGGACCCUCGUUUCUGCUCCGACGGGAAGUCCCCGGUUGCGUCUGUCUGUCUGCCGGGCGUAUUGUGUUUUCAGGUGGUAAAAUUUGGGAGCUUGGACACUUUUCCCAUUGUGUCAAGCUCGGUUCAGGCUCAGGGUUGA